AUGUUCACCAUACUUCUUCUCUCAGCCCCUGCCUCGUCAAUGACAAAUAGAAUAAAAGUAACAUCUGAGCCUGGAUAUCAUUGUGGAUAUAAAAUAUAUCCACACAGUGAAGUUGAAACGACUCGCCUGAUAGCUUGUAGAGGGUUCACGGCAGCAAGAUCUAAUGCGAGACGACCUGUCCUUCAUUUUGGCGACAUUAAAGUCGAAAAUAUGAUAUUUGAAUGGUCUUUUCCUUCAGUUGUAACUUUAGAUCCUAGAGGCAAAAAAAGAAGAUAUGCAGACAAAAUUACUUUUGAUAAUAGCUGCGAACUGAAAGACCUGCUUUAUUAUGACUAUACCCUAGAUCAAUUUAAGCCAUGUAUAAAUGUACCCGAAGUUUCGACAAGUACAACCUCUGGGAUAGGCCAAGUUCUUAUAGAACCUUUAGUUAAAUGCGGAUCAUUAUCAUGGGAGAUAACAGAGAUUCAAAAACACGCCAGAGAUCAACUGUACCAAUCAUUACAUUCGUUUGAUGAAGUGGAGGACACAUCUAGUAGGGUUGAUGGUCCAUGGAAGAAACCCUUUUUGAGCAAAAAAAUGAAUGUGGACGGUAAAGGAGAAAAUAAAAGAUACCAAAUUAUAUUAAAUAAUCAAAAUGAAGUCCGUGGUAUAGUCAUCAUGCACAAUAUAAACCUAAAAACAUUCGCCACCCGAAAAAUAAUUCAAAAGUCGAGUAAACAGCAGAAGUUGACACCAACGCGGGAAAAGAAAAUUAUUACUCUAGAAUGCUUACUUGACGAAGCAUUCCCACUUUUUCCUAGUGGUCAAAUAUGGGACUUACCAAGCCCUAAAAGACGAAAGACUUUAGAGUAG